AUGGUGCUCUUUCUCUUGUACGUUAAAGCUGAGUUAGAGAAUGUAGCUUCCGUUAAACUCCGCCGAGAGGCAAACCUGUGUUUUGACGUGAAAAAUCCGCUAUCUGAUUUCGAAGUCCGUGAGAAAGUCGUCCUAAAUUCGUCCGAAACGCUCGAUCAGGAAGAAAACGCUCGGGAACCACCGCAUCAUUUCAGUCUCAAGUGGGAAGGCAGUAAAAAGAGCAGUAUUUUGACGAUACUGGACGAAAAAGAGGCCAAGACUGCACUGAAGAAGAAAAAAGGCGUCAAGGUACCUAGCAGCUACGACAUUGAUGAUUCAGGAAACUGGGGGGCGAUACUAGCAGUAGAGUGUCGCGGCCUCGAACCGACCGCCUUCUUUCCAAUGGGUGACGACUUUGUAAUUGAGAGCAAAGGCGGGAGCAUGUUUACAGAAGACGUUGAACUCGGUGAGGGCGACUGGGCGGAUUACGACGAAGAAAAUGAUGAGCCUGUAUCCAUGUCGGAAAUUGAGUUCAAAUGGGAAGCUGCAUAGCCUUAGUGCAGCGCCGACUACGAUUUCAGCCC